AUGACUAAAGGAAUCAUGAAGUGGAGGCCAGACCUGCCCAACCCUGUACAGUCAGAGGGACGGGAUGAGGAUGUACGGCUGCCUGUUGGUGUUGACGGUGUUGGCUGGACGCUGGGCUCUGGGUUGACGCCGUUGAGUCGCUGGAGUCGUCAGGCUGUACACUGUCAGCCUGGGGACGACGCAUGCAAGCGGUGUUCCUCUUCCUGUAGUAGUGUGGAGCCCUCCCACCUGCCGGAGUGUUGCGAGGCCUACAACUCCUGCUGCGACGAGUACUUCCAGGCCUGCAAGAAAUGCUCGAGUCUGGUGAGUAAGGACCUCUUCUUCCCGGAGUACUGCUGUGCCUCCUUCACCGACUGCUGCCACCUCAUUACCACCUUCACCACGGCCAUCAAGCCUCCUGAACCGGUCAAGAUUUCAACAAAAAACCAACUGAAGGUCCCAACGGUGGCUGCGCCGAAACCCUCGGUUUUCCCUGGCCUGAAGCCCUCACAGACGGCAGACCUCAAGCCCCUAAAGGCCUCCUCCUCCCAGAGCUUCUUCGAGUCCCAGGCACCUCUACCUUCUGCUCAAGACUUCUCAGUAUUAGACACUCCCGGAGCUCCAGCCUUCCAGCCCUCAGAUUCCAGAGUUCCAUUAUUCGAGUCCCCAGCCCCCCAAACCCCCGUGUUUCAGCCCCAAGCUCCCAGGGCCCCGGUCGUUCAGUCUCCUGCACGAGGCAGCAGACAGAGGGCUCCAUCACCGGGAAGGGCUCAGGCCAGACCUCAUCAGCGUCAACAAGGUCGUCGUCGACCUACAGAGCACAACCCGGCCUCCAGACAGGGUCGCGUCACAUCCCGUGGUCGUGUCAUCUCCUAGCCCCAUCUGGUCUCCCUCAGCCACCUGGCAUUUUAGCCCCAUCUGGCCUCCUUCAGCCACCUGGCAUUCUAGCGCCAAAUGAUCUUUCUCAUCCCCAACUGGCUCCCUUCAUCCCCAGCUGGUCUACUAAGUCACCUGGCAUCCUAGUUCCAGCUUCUUCCUCAGCCAUCUGGCUUCUUAGCCAUAGCUGGUAUCUUCUUCCAGCUGGCGUUCAUGUACUGGCUACCUGAGACUCAUCUCACAUCCCAGGUCUCACCCUCUUCCAUCCCACCUGUCCCCUCUACUGAUGAUGUUUUCAGAGCUGCUGUACAGUGCACCUGCCGGACUGGUUAUCGUUACAAAUAGUUCCCUAGAUUUCAGUAAUGUCUUGUUGACUCUCUUUCCAAAAUUGCGUACGACAGCUACUCAUAUCUUUCUGUAAUUGCAAAACUAAAAAAGAAUAAGAAAUUCUUCGUACUUUACCUUUUAAACUGUCUUAUACCAAACUGAAUUCUCCUGUACAUACAAAGUCGCCAGCAUCUUGAUCUUUCUUAAGACGUGGAUGUUCGAGGGGCUGCUUCUCUUCCUGCAUCCUGGGGAACUCCCUACCAGCUCGCUAACUCUACUCCUCGUAUUGUAAAAGAAUGCCACUGCAGGCAGAAGACGGGCGAGAACGUUCGCCUGGGGUAGCUUCAAUUAGCGUAUCAGUGCAUGGUGGAGGGAAGAAGGUGCUGUUAAUUGCUCGUGCUGGCGCUGUUAUUUGUUGUUAAUGGUAUGGGCCUACGUUUCAACCCUCCCCCUCAGCCUGGCCCGCAGACGUCCUCCUUCCUCUCCUACUCCCAACACCACCUCACUACCUCCUCAUCCCCCAUCAUCACCCUCGAACCUCUGUGACACUCUCCACCCUCCCUGUGGAUAUUUCGUAAUUGUUGACAUCUACCUAUCACUCUCUUCUGUGUUAAUCUUCAUCCCGUCAUCCCACCUGUUAUUAUCACCCUGUUCUUUACCUGUUACUAUCUGUUACCAUCUGUUACCUGUGGCGGUUCCUGCCAGCCGGGAGAGGAACCCCCCCUACCAAAACCCUCCACACCCACAAGUGAACUUCCUGCUAUCAACUUGAAAGUCAUAAAAUAAACAUCUGUGAUUUUC